AUGCUCGCGGCGAUGGCCAACACCUUAAUGGUGUUCACGGUCUCGUGCCUGUUCUGGAUUGGAUCAGCAUCGGAACCUGUGGUGUAUUGGGAGUUACACCCAGGGGAACGUUACGGACUCGUAUCAAAGGAGAUCUCCGCUGACUUUGAGAAAUGUGAGAACAUAUGCGCCAAGGACGAUCCUUCUUUGCCGUGUAAAGCCUUCAACUACAGGGAGUCGGAUGGCACCUGUCAGCUGGUGUACAAAGACGGGGUCCAGCUCGUGCCAGCCGACGAUUUCCAAGCGUUUGUCAAAUUUUCCUGCCUUGAGGAGGACUCGAAAAUGAAAAAGAGAUCCCUAGAUGAGCAACGUCGUGAAAAGUCAAGUCUCAGAAUGCACGAAGGAGAACUUGAAUCGUUGAAGGGGUUCCACGGACGGAAAAGCCUUGCAAAAGGCGCCAAGUUCAUGAAGUGCACGAAGUGUCAAGUUCACGACGUUCUCGAAGGGGAAAUAGCCUGUCCUUUGCCCAGCAAGAGUUCCCUCCAUGUUGCUUUCCGUGGUGUGCUCCUUGUCGCUCUCCGUGGUGUGCUCCUAGAUGCUCUCCGUGGUGACGAGGAUCAACAAAAGGCACUACAACAAGACCUUCCGGAGCCACCACAGGCAAAGAAACCCAAGGCACCAUAA